CCCUCUGAGUUCUUCAAAACUAGCUUUCCGGCUCUGUGAGGCAGGGAUGCUCUUUGUAAUCGCUUAGAGGCAGGGUGUCCGGGCAGCGAGUCCGCACCCUACGGUAGCCCAGUGCGUGGGGCCUCUCCGCGGAGGCGGUGCAGGGGAGGAGGCGCUUCUCGGGAGUCGUAUCUGGUGAUCGACGGGCCCGCCUCCCUGGGACGGGACCGAGGCCCGGCUCACUAGUCCGCUAGCCGGAGCCAUGGAACAGAUCCGCGGAGUCUCACGCUUGCGCACCGUGCUGGGACACCUCGGCCGAACCUCCGCCAGGGCCUACACAGCUCACCCCACAACACAGGCUGUUUCUUCUACCAGUUUCCAUCCUCCACAAUUCCAGUAUACUCUGAAUAACGACAUUCUAAGCCUAGAACAGAGAAAAUUUUAUGAAGAAAAUGGGUUUCUUGUCAUUAAGAAUUUGGUAUCUGAUGAUGAUAUUACACGCUUUAGGAACCAGUUUCAAAGGAUCUGCAAAGAGGAAGUGAAACCCCAAGGCAUGACGAUCAUGAGAGACAUAAGCAUUGAAAAAUCAAAGUUCAUUCCAAGUGAAGAGAUGAUUACAAAGGUCCAGAAUUUUCACCAGGAUGAGGAGCUCUUCAGAUACUGCACUCUCCCUGAGAUUCUGAAGCAUGUGGAGUGCUUCACUGGACCCAAUGUUAUGGUCGUGCACACCAUGAUGAUAAACAAACCUCCAGAUUCUGGCAAAAAGACAACCCGCCAUCCUUUCCACCAAGAUCUACACUAUUUCCCCUUCAGACCUAGUAAUAGGAUUGUUGCUGCUUGGACGGCCAUGGAGCAGGUCAGCCGGAACAAUGGCUGCCUGUGUGUGCUCCCAGGCACACACAAAGGCUGCCUGAAGCCACACAGUUAUCCCCCAUGGGAGGGGGGAGUUAACCUAAUGUACUAUGGGAUUCAGGGCUAUGAUGAAAAUAGCCCCCGAGUUCACCUUGAGAUGGAGAAGGGAGACACUGUUUUCUUUCAUCCUUUGCUCAUCCAUGGAUCUGGUUGGAACAAAAGUCAAGGCUACCGGAAGGUAAUUUCCUGCCAUUUCGCCAGUGCCGAUUGCCACUACAUUGAUGUGAAAGGCACCAGUCAAGAAAGCUUUGAGAAGGAUAUCCUAGAGACAAUGCAUAAACUAUACGGAUUUCCACAAGAUGCCAGCCUAAAGGAUAUAUUCAGAUUAAAUGUACAGCUGGUGAAAGGAGAGAGGACCAACCUUUGAAGUAGCCGUUUGCUGGAGCUCUGAGAGAAAAGCAAAACGAAUCAAGGUGCCUAAGGAAAAUGUUUUAUUAAUGAGCUAUUGUAGUCUUUUCCAUCAUUUGUUAAUGAAAUUGCAAAGCACGCAUCAGGUACUUAGAGGCAUGUGGUUAAUUCUGCACGCAGUGGUGUUGCUUUGACGGAGGAAUGAACAGUAAUGGUGACGUACUACUGUUUUAAGGAAAAUUAACUGAGGGCUGCAACUAAUAAAGGUGAUUGAUGUCUAA